AUGAUUUCUGUUUAACCAGAAGGUUCAAAACCCAUGAAAUUUUAGGGAGGUCGAAUUCACUUAAGACCUAUAGAUAGUAUAGGGAGAGACUUUGAUUUAGGAAAUAUUGAAACUAAAGGCAGAAGACAUUUUUCUUUUGAUCCAACACCAGUUAUGCAAUAUAAACCUCAAUUAAGAGUUGGGUUUCCUAAAAAUGUUACUAAUCCUGAAAUAUUAUUUACUCAUAAAAGUUAAGGAGGCCCUGAUAAAUUAACUUAUAUGCCUCCAAUCAAAAAGCAUAAAGAGUUUAUUUCCACUAUGAGAAAAACAGUCAUUAACAAAGAAGUAAAUACAUUAAUUUAUUGUAGUAUGAGGAAUAAUAGACUGAAAAUAAAAGAAUGAUUGAAGAGUUGGAUGUUUGGGAGAAAAAGUUUAGAAAAUUAUGA